UCCCACUCCCCCUGUACAAGCUCUGGAGAGACAAGCUGCUCAGUCAUAAGAGAAGAUACACCAGCAUCAUAUGGCUGCACUGCACCACCUGAUCGAGGCAUCUGUUGGCAUCUGACUGAAAAUAAGUUCGAGUGCUAAAGAAGGAAAGUUACCAAAGAGAAGAAGUAUACUGAUCUCAACAACCUUUAAUCGGUGGACAUCUAACUGAAGGACUGGACAUCCUCUGAGUGAAGGACUCUCUCUAAUCUUCAAGUGUGGAAAAAUAAGAGAAAAAAAAAACUUUGACUCAGGUGUUUUAAAGAAACAAUAUUUUCUGACAGUAGGCUGUCACUCAAUUUUGUUCAGCAAUGGCAUCAACGGGUCUGCAGCUGAUGGGCUUGGUGCUGGCUCUGCUGGGUUGGGUAUGUGGGGCAUUGGUGUGCGCGGCUCCUCUGUGGCGCGUAUCAGCCUUUGUAGGUGGAGAGCUGGUGAUUGCCCAGGUGUUGUGGGAGGGACUGUGGAUGAACUGUCUGUCUCAGACCACCGGGCAUAUCCAAUGCAAGACCUAUGACUCCACCCUGGCCCUCCCCAGGUCUGCCCAAUGGGCUCGAAGUGUCACGGUUCUCUCCCUUCUUCUUUGCGCCCUCGCCAUCAUACUCGGCGUGACAGGGGCCAAGUGUACUCACUGCAUGGGUGAUGGUAACCAGGGGUCCAAGACUCGGCUGUCGAGGAUAGCAGGGGUGCUCUUCAUUGUGGCUGGCAUUGCCUACUUGAUGCCCAUCUGUUGGACUGCCUACGCUAUUAUCAGGGACUUCUAUGACCCAAAUGUGGCAGCGCCAUUGAAGAGAGAGCUGGGGCCGGCAUUGUACCUGGGCUGGGGGACCAGUGUGCUGCUCCUGGUAGGAGGAGCUCUGUUGCAUGUUGGCUCACCUGAACCGGGAGUGAGAGCGCAGCCUGUUUACGGAGCAGCAACAAAGGACAUCUCACAAGCAGGGACAGCGGGAGAGGUGAAAACACAGGAAAAGUCUUUUGUAUGAGAUCCGUUUAUUGGACCUUUGGGGUAUUAAAAGACAUUGAGGUUACAAUCACAAGAGUGUGGAAGCUAAAUCUAUUAGUCACAGUUUUGCAUAACACUGAGUUUGUAGUUGUCUUAGCUUUGUGUGGAUUUCAUUACUUUUACAGUUUGCAGUCUUUUUCUUUACUGAAGCUUUAAUGUGGCUGCUCAGAUGUAAGGACUGUUCAAAUAAAAGACUCAUCUUACUAAUUAUAAUAUGUAAAUUCAGUUAAAUGCAAAUAAAUGAAACCCCUGACCUUACAGCCCACACACAGAGGAGUUUGUAGUAAAUUUUACUUUAAAUGCUUUGUAUCAUGGGGGGAGCUGAAAAGAACUGUGGGAGGACUUUAGAUGUUUAGAUGCUUACGAAUGGAUGCAACUCACAUCUCUCACAUUCCAGUCUGCCUCUGCUUCUGUGUGCACGUGUGUUUGUGUGUGUGUCUGUGGGUGGACUGUGUACAGAAGGCCAGUGUGCCUUCAACAUCUGCAUACGCUGGUGUUUUCACAGAAACAAUGUGUGGGGACAAUGAUUGUUUACUUACUCUAACACGUGUUUGCAUUUUUAUUUUUGUUACCAUUUGCUAUGAUUUUGAAUGUUAUUUAAAAAAUGUAAUUAAAUGACACUAAAUGAACAUUUGAUUUGAUUUUGUUUUCCCAGACUUUUAUUAAAGGAUAAGUGCUCACCCUCAAAUUAGCUUACUAAUUUCUAACAUUAUUGGAGAGAAUAUGAUUUCAAUAAGCUGUAAAUCAUAAAUAUCUACAACGGAACAGGAAAAAAAUGCUAUAAUUGGACUUUAAGAAAGCUUUAUUUAAGAAUGCCAACAGACAUGAGCCUGAAAUAUGAAAUCAUACCCAAAAAAAUCCUAAUUUGUUUAUUAUAUAUUUACAUUUAAAAAUAAUUGUGUGUAACAGUUUUAUUUUCUUUCCUUUGGUUUGUGUGUGUGUGUGUGUGUGUGUGUGUGUGUGCGUGUCCUAUUAAUACACUGGGGAUUUCUUUUCUUUUUUUUAUCCAAUUAAGCUAAUUUUUUGAUUAUGGAGUUGGUGCAGAGGUCUCAGAGAUGUAUGUAUCAAAUAUGACACAUCAGGCAUUAAGGGGUUAAUGACUGAAAGCAAAGUUGUCAGAGUGAGCCACAAUUCCUCCAGAAUGAUGUGAAAGAGUAAAAAGGUAAUACAGGAAACUAUUACUUUAUCAUAUAAACUGGUGAACUAUAUAGUUUAUUUCGAUAUUUUACACACCCCUUGAUUUUCUUCAAAUAAAUAAUGACACAACUGUCAAGGUUUGACAUUCCCCCCAGCUUUCAGUUUCUGUUUAUCCCCGCCUGUGUCCCAUCUGCCCUGAUUGUCUGCACCUGUGUCUCGUCAUGUCUCGUUAUCCCCUCAGUAUAUCUGGUCUUGUCAUUCCCUUGUUCCCUGUUGGACUGUACUGUUUGUUCCCCAUGUUUCCUGCCACGGUUUGCUCCUCAAGUUUUUGAUCCUGGUUUAGUUUGUUUUGAUCCUACUCUGCAGCACUUUUAGUUUUGCUUUUUGUUAAAUAAAUCAUUUUUGUCAUUGAAGUCCUGCCUCCUGCUCUCCUGCGUUUGGGUCCACACCUUAUACCCCAAGACGUGACAACAAAAUAACUUAUCAUUUUUUUUGUUUCUCUUGUAUUUUUCCUUUCGUAUUGCCCUAUUUCAAUACAU